UACUUACUUUUGUUAGUUUGCUAUUCUAAGAAAGUCAUGCCCUUUGCAAACUCCUCACCAAUUUGCAAUACCCCAAAUCUAAUAGCGAAAAUCCCAGACCUUCCCGCAAGUUCUUCUUCGACCCGUCGACUAAUCACCCAGUUCUCAAGAUGCGACGGAAUUUCUAAACUUGGUGGAUGACUCGGUUCAAGCAGAUCAAAGUCUUAUGCACGAUUUUGAUGAGUUUCUGAAGCACUAUGACAAGUAUUUGUAAGGAACAAGCAUGAUGACCUUGUUAUCUUGACCAUCAUCAGUAGCCUAUUCAUCUAGUGAAUCUUCAAACUUGAUUACCAGCUCCUUCUUGCCAUGUUUCAUAUUGCUCAUGGAAUAGGUGCGUCACCCUCACAGCUGCAUUAGCCCAAACAAACAAGAUAUUCUUAAUGCAAACAAUCUCACAGGAGAAUUACCUGCAGCUCUUAUGAAUCUGACUAAGUUAACAGAACUGAGGAUUAGCAGCAACAACUUAACUGGAAGAAUGCCCGACUUUUUUCAAAGUUGGAAUCAAUUUCAGAAAUUAGAGAUCCAAGCUAGUGGUCUACAAGGCCCCAUUCCAUCUAGCAUUUCUGUCUUGAGUAAUUUAACAGAACUAAGGAUCAGCGACUUAAAUGGAGGGGGUUCAGUAUCUCCAAACUUGAGCAAUAUGAUAAGCUUGCAAAGAUUAAUGCUCAGGAGCUGUAACUUAUCUGGACCUAUGCCUUCUGAUUUAUCAGCAAUGUCACAGUUGAAAACAUUAGAUCUAAGCUUCAACAGAUUGGAGGGAAGCAUUCUUGAUUCGGCAGAUCUGACACCCUUGCAGAACUUGUAUCUAACAAGCAACUUGCUUACUGGAUCUAUUCCAGACUGGAUCAAGAGCAGAGAUAAUCGCUACGAGAUAGAUGUUUCUUACAAUAAUUUUUCUGAGAGCUCUGAGUCACCAUCUUGUACAGAAAACCUGGAAAGUUUGGGUGCUUGAUGUUUUUGAGGAUAUAGCUUUAUAUCAACCAACUAGGGAGUUUGGAACACUGAGUAUGGCUCAAGGAAGUAUAGUUGCAUGGCCUAUCAAGUACAUCAAACAAGUUUAGUUUAUGAACUUUUAGCAGGUACUGCCAAAUUUUGUGGUGUAUGCAGAUUAAUGCCUUAUGUUGGUACUGCUGGUAAAUUGCUCGAACUAAUUGGGAGAUACAAAUUGCAGUUGGAUAGUGGUGCUUGAAACCUUGCAAUUACCCUGCAAUAUAUUUUUGAAUUGUAAUAUGUUACUUUUAAUUAAACUCAAGUUUGCAGGGACAUGCAAAUGCAAUUGUUUUGUAGUUUAGUUGCAUAUGGCAUGGUAACAAUUAAGUUUGUACAGAUAUCCUAUUUCAAUUAAUGUAUCAUAUAUGUUAAUUCA